AUGAGCUCUAUACAAGCACGUGAGCGUCAAUCGAAGAAAGAAACCCAAGCGCUGUGAAGUACUGAUUGCGAUCCACCUCACAAUAGAUUUGCCUUCGGCGUCCCAGGGCUAUCUGCCGUACUGGAUGAUCUUCGUUUCGUCAGUCAACCCCAACCCACCCUGCUCCGCUCGCGAGACCGGCGGCUCUCGCAAGUCACCACAGACUGACGUUCACCAUCGCACGCCUGACUGUCGAACAACAGCUCUUUGGCCGUGUUCAACUCGGUUCAGAACUUUGUCACGACGUCCUUGACCCGCCGCAUCUACGCUCGGUCACCCGCUUGCGGUCUGUCAGGCCCGAGCACAUGUCCAAUUCCCCGUCGUUUCACAGCCCCUGAUCUCACGCUGCUCUCUUGCCUCUCAGUCACGCCGCUACAGGCCAGGACAUUCGCGGCCUGGACGCUGGCCUCCGCUGCAAUCCGGAUCUAUGCAGCCUACAACAUCUCGCUCAAGCCGUAAGCCCGGACACCCACCCCCCACAUAUCGUGCCACGGGGUCCUUCGUGCUUCAAGAAUAACUGCCAAGCCUAUCGGCUCUGACUCUAUGAAUCUCCGAACAGGAUGUACGACCUCGCUUUGAUCUCGUACGUUCUGGCACUGGGCCAUUUCGGACUCGAAUGGCUCGUCUUUCGCACCGCGGCGUUGGGAGGAGGUUUGAUCAGCCCCUUGGUCGUCGCAUGUACGUCGGCGUGACGUCGCAACUCCACCAAGCGCAAGAGCUGACGUAAUUGAUUCUUUCCACCCUUGGUUCAAUCAGCAACGUCAUUGAUCUGGAUGACCAGGCGUGAGCUUUGAAAACACUCUGCGCGUUCCGAAAAACCUUUCUAUUAUGAAGUAUGAACUGAUCCCGCCAGAUCUUUUCACCAACAGAAUACGACCACUACGUCUCUUGA